AUGAUUGAUGAUAAUGAUGAUGAUGAUGAUGAUGAUGAUGAUGAUGAUGAUGAUGAUGAUGAUGAUGAUGAUGAUGAUGAUGAUGAUGAUGAUGAUGAUGAUGAUGAUGAUGAUGAUGAUGAUGAUGAUGAUGAUGAUGAUGAUGAUGAUGAUGAUGAUGAUGAUGAUGAUGAUGAUGAUGAUGAUGAUGAUGAUGAUGAUGAUGAUGAUGAUGAUGAUGAUGAUGAUGAUGAUGAUGAUGAUGAUGAUGAUGAUGAUGAUGAUGAUGAUGAUGAUGAUGAUGAUGAUGAUGAUGAUGAUGAUGAUGAUGAUGAUGAUGAUGAUGAUGAUGAUGAUGAUGAUGAUGAUGAUGAUGAUGAUGAUGAUGAUGAUGAUGAUGAUGAUGAUGAUGAUGAUGAUGAUGAUGAUGAUGAUGAUGAUGAUGAUGAUGAUGAUGAUGAUGAUGAUGAUGAUGAUGAUGAUGAUGAUGAUGAUGAUGAUGAUGAUGAUGAUGAUGAUGAUGAUGAUGAUGAUGAUGAUGAUGAUGAUGAUGAUGAUGAUGAUGAUGAUGAUGAUGAUGAUGAUGAUGAUGAUGAUGAUGAUGAUGAUGAUGAUGAUGAUGAUGAUGAUGAUGAUGAUGAUGAUGAUGAUGAUGAUGAUGAUGAUGAUGAUGAUGAUGAUGAUGAUGAUGAUGAUGAUGAUGAUGAUGAUGAUGAUGAUGAUGAUGAUGAUGAUGAUGAUGAUGAUGAUGAUGAUGAUGAUGAUGAUGAUGAUGAUGAUGAUGAUGAUGAUGAUGAUGAUGAUGAUGAUGAUGAUGAUGAUGAUGAUGAUGAUGAUGAUGAUGAUGAUGAUGAUGAUGAUGAUGAUGAUCAAAUGACGCUGGUGUUUGCUUUUUUCUUUCAGAAAUUCAUCUAUUUAUUAGGUUGUUUUUUGUUUGUAAAUGCAAUAAUGAUCGAGAUUUUGAAAAUUCUUUUAUAUCAUCUAUUGCCCCAUCUAUUUUAA